ACACUGCGCAUGCGCUACGUUUACCUGCCGGUGAUAAAAGAGUUGUUGAUUUUGUAUAUUUACAGUUUUAGCUGUUCUAGUAACGAGCUUUUAUCUGUGUGGAGUUUAAAAAUUAAAGUGAAUUUCUUCUGAGCAUUCGGACUUUGCAUUUUGAGGUAAGAAUUAAGUUAGCUUUAUAAAAUCGAAAUUAUUUUGCUCAUGCGUGCGCAUUGAUGCAAAAGGCUAUGUUAUUCAUACCUGUGUGUAGAGUAACGGUGCGCGUACCUGUCUAUUGAUCAUCUUUUUUCCCGUUAUCAAUAUCAUUAAGACUUUGCACUCUGACAUUUGCAAAAGCCUAAUGUUUGACUUGUCGUUUCUUGUCUGAUUGGCUCACCUGCAAUUAUUUACUUUCAGGUGUUUUUCAAAUUAAAAGAUUGGAAGAAUGUUUAAACUAAAGAAGCGUUUUGGACGUAAAUCUGACCACAAGGAGAGUGAGGCUAGACAAAACUUGCAGAAAGAGCUGUUUGAAUAUGUUCAAUGCUUGUUUCAUGGCUUCCCAUCAAAGCCGAGUGCUCUUGCAUACGAUCCUAAUUUAAAACUUUUAGCUAUUGGAACAAGGAGUGGACAUCCGAUAAGAAUUUAUGGAAAUACCGGAGUCGAAUUUACAUCAGAGUAUAUCGAAGAUUUUAACGUUGUUGAUGUCAUGUUUUUGGAAGAUGAGGCCCGCCUGCUUGUUCGAACCGAAGAUAACAAGUUGCACAUGAUGGAAAUAAAUUUAGAAUUAUCAACUGUUGAUUUAAAACAAAGUUUUGAAUCUGAUGAUGAGUUGGAUAAACUAUUUACUUGCAUGGAAGUUCCUAAAAGUAAAAACGAAAUCUUUUUAGGAUCUAGUGCAGGAAACGUCUAUGUUUUGAACAGAAUAAACUUUGAAGUUAAAUACAUAAUAGAACAAACAAAUAUUACAAAAAACAAAUCUGAAGAAUUUAAAGUUGCCCCUGGUUAUAUAGAAUCCUUAAAAAUACAACCAGGAAAUGACAAAAAUCUUUUAAUUGGAUAUGAGAGAGGUUUGGUUGUGCUCUACGAUCUUGAGAAUUCAACACCAAUUAUUACUUAUAAUGCUGAAAAGGAAUUGGGUUGUAUGCAAUGGCUACCAAAAGGGGAAAAUUUUAUAACCGGUCAUUCAGAUGGAUCCUAUUCAACAUGGACUAUAGAGAAUAAUACACCCCUAAAAGAUAAGGAAGGCGUUUUCGGACCAUUCCCGUGUAAAGGAAUUUUGAACAUAAUAAGAACUGAAGGAUCCGACAAAGACUGCCUAUUGAUAUUUAAUGGUGGAUUACCUAGAGCAAGUUAUGGUGACAGAAAUGCUGUAACCAUCCAGAGAGGAGUAGAAACAAUUACAUUGGAUCUAACCUCAAAAGUGAUUGAUUUUGAAUUGAUUUACAAUACAGAAGGAGAGCCAGAUACAUUAAUUAUUCUAGCUGAAGAAGAGUUGGUUGCUGUCGAUUUACUAAGUGAAAACUGGCCCGAGUUUCGAUUGCCGUAUUUGAACUCAAUGCAUUGUUCUGCGAUUACUUCAAUAACACAUACUGAUUACGUGCCUCAUGAUUUUAUGGAAAAAAUUGCCCAACUGGGGGAAACUUGCUUUACUGGAUAUAGUCAAAGGACCUGGCCCGUUACUGGUGGCGUAAGCCAAACUAAUGAUUUAAGCGACAAGAGUCUUCUCUUGACUGGUCACGAAGACGGCUCAGUUCGAUUUUGGGAUACUUCCUCUUCAACUCUAAAGUUGCUUUACAAAUUAUCAACUCAUCAACUUUUCGACAUUAACUUCGGAGUAGUUCAUGAUAACAAUCAGAUAGAGGAGGAAUGGCCGAAAUUCCGUAAAACUGGACUAUUUGACCCCUAUUCUGACGAUCCAAGAUUAAGUAUUCAAAAGUUAGCCUUGGAUGUACAUGAGGAAAUGCUUUCGCUUGGUUUAACUGCUGGCCAAAUAUUUGUCCUAAAACUUAAUUCAGAAGAAAUUUCACAAACUGUCACAAUUAAUGAAAUACAUAUCGUUUCGGAAGGAGAUACAUUCGUAUGGAAAGGACAUGAAGCUCUCACAAUGAAAAGAGAUCUCGUCGAAGGACCAGGUUUUCAAGUCAAAAGUGUUGUACAAAUAUUUCCGCCAGCAGCUUGUACAUCCCUUGCUCUUCAAGCUGACUGGGGAAUUGUUGGAGCUGGAACAGCUCAUGGUUUUUGCGCAUUUGAUUACAUCAACAAAAAAGUUUUAGCUUCAAAGACAACAUUAAGUCCAGCUGACUUAGAAAUGAGCAGUGAAGGUGUCACAAGCAGAAGGAAAUCUUUUAAGAAAUCAUUAAGAGAAAGUUUCAGGCGUUUAAGACGUAGAAGAUCGGAAAAGAAAAGUAAGAAAAAAGCCCAUGACGAAAGAAGAGACCCCCAAUCAACUGGAAGUGGAGAAAACAAUCCAUCAGAUUCACCAGAGCGUGUUAAGAGUAUUGAACGGUCUGUUGAAGCUAGAAAGGAUGAAGAUACUUUGAAUUCCAUGGUUCGCAGUAUCUAUUUUGCAAGAACUUUCUUAAUACACUCCAGUGAACAUGCUCCAACAAUGUGGGUUGGAACAAAUGGAGGAACAAUAUAUGCUUAUAGAAUCACUAUGCCAGAAAAAGAGAAAAGAGAAGAACAAGAUCUUGACAUGACAUUAGUCAAAGAAAUACAACUACAGCAUAAAGCUCCCGUCUUGGCUCUCAUAGUAAUUGACAAAACCGCUUCACCAUUACCCUGUGAAGGUGAAGUUAAGCGUGGUAUAUACAAAGAGCCUGAUAUGACUGGUGACCACUCGUUAGUUGUAGCAAGUGAAGAACAAUUUAAAAUAUUUACAUUACCACAUCUCAAAGGACACAAAAAGUUCAAACUGACAGCCAAUGAAGGUUCUAAAAUCAGAAAAGUUGGAUUUGUUGACUUUAAGAGCCGCAGUGAUGAACAUUACAAGGAAACUGAGCUGGUCUGUCUCACAAACCAAGGUGACGUUCAAGUAUUUACAAUUCCUCACUUGAAAAGACAGCUAAAAGCUGAUGCGGUCAAAAAAGAAAAUGUUGCCGGAAUUGCUUCAUGCACAUUCUCUGCUAUUGGACACGGGUUUUUCUUGAACUCUCCAUCAGAAUUCCUAAGAUUUUCUCUAUCAGCUAGAUACCCUCACAAGUCAAUGUCAACACUACAAUUACAAGAUGGUAUCAGACCGCAAAUUGAUAGCUCUACUCCAAUGACUAAUGGACAUGAAGAAUCUAAUCAAAACGGUGUUGAGCAUGAAGAAGAGUCACCUGUAAAACCUGAAAAGCCUGAAACACCUGAGUCACCGGAAAAAGAAAAACAGGUGGAGGAUAUUGACAAACUGAAACUUGAUGUUCAAAGCAUUGAAAAGAAUGACAGCGUAUUGUCGGGUAGUACAGUUAAUGACUCUGCAAUCAGUACUGGAAUGGAAGACAUAACUAUUGAUAGCGUUAAAGUACAUGUGAGUGAGGAAAUUGUUAAGGAACAAAAUACUUUCAAAAAGGAAACAACAACCGUCAUUUCAGAGUCUGUUAAGGAAGCAACUGUUUAA